UCAAUUGUAUUGAAAAAAAUAAUAAUUUGUAAAAUGCAUAUUGUUGAAACAUAUAAUUUUCCAAAUAAAAAAGACAUUUCAUGUCAUAAGAAAAAAAGUAAAUCAUUUCGUGCAAAUAUUUUUAUCAAUGAUAAUCAUAUUGAUUGUAUCUAUUUGAAAACAAAUAUUUUAUUGCAUUUGUUACCUAUAUGUCGUUGCAAAAUUGAAGAUAAACUUUGGGUGUCCAGUUGGGAAGAUAUUAAAAAUGAUGUCAGUAAGGGGGAUGAUGUAUACAAACAUACUAAAUACAAGUUCAUUGCAGAUUGUGUAUUGAGAGAUAUUUUUAAUUUUGAUCUAUCUUUAUCAAGUAAAGAAAUAGAUAGAGUAAAAGAAUUUUUGAAAUGGUUUGAUGAAAUUGUUGAAGAAAAAAUUCCAAAAAAAUACCAACACUGAAAAUAAUUUGUCAGAUUCAAAUUUGUAAAAAGAAAAGAACUGUUGAAUAAUAUCCAGAUUGAAUGUACAUAUACUGGAAAGAACAAGAAGAGAUGGAAACAGCAGUAGCUGAGGAUGGGUAACAUUAAAUUUGUUUUAAAACUGUACUUGGUUAAUGAUGAUGUUUUUUUUAAUGUUUAUGAAAUAAUGAUGUACAAGUAUACUACCUACCUAACAACUUACUUACUUACUUAAUUACUAAGAUGCAACUUGAUAAAUUUUACAAUACAUUUUAUGUGCAUUGUCUCUGUUUUUUUUUUUAUUGAUUAUGGAUACUGUAUCAUAAUGCAUCUACACAGAUUGACUCAGCAGGUGGCUAAUUAUUGUAUACAUAAAAAAAAAGAGGAGGUAGGAGAUGAAACUGCACUGUGCACUCGGAUAUAUAAUGCACUGGUAAACAAUGUUGUCCAUCAUAUAUUGUGCAGUUUUCAGUUGAUAAUACCACAUUUUCGUGUUCUUUACAGUUUGUUUUUCAUUUCUCACUUGUCAAACUACAAACUUUUAAAAUUUUCAAUUUUUUUGUUUUGCAAAAAUAUUAAAAAUUAAUUAAAAAUGUCUUCUAAUAAUUCCAAAAAAUUUGCUGCUUGCUUCAUGAAAAUAAAAAUGAUUGAUUCGCGAAUGAACAUGGAGGAUCUGGAUGAAAUAUUGAACUUAUCUGUAUUCAGAGACUAUGCUGGUGUAAAAGUAGAAGAAACUAAUCAUGAUACAAGAACCAUAACCUUAGCAUUUCCAUUCACCAUUGGUGUGGAAAAAUUGACAUCUGUGAUCAAAGAUAAAACUGGACUUCCUGUCAAUAUUAUGUUGAAGAUUACAAAAGAUACUGAUUAUGAAGAUGAGAAAAUUUCAAAUGCCAAACAGAGACUGUUAGCAAAGUAUCGUAACCAUGAUAAUGAAGGUGGAGCUGGAGCUGGAGUUGGAGCUGGAGCUGGAGCUGGAGCUGGAGCUGGAGCUGGAGCUGGUGGUUCUGGUGAAGGUGCAUCAUUCAUGGUUGGUGUUUGAUUUUUUAUUUUUUUUAAAUUUUUUUUAAAUUUCAAAUUUGAAUUAUUUUAAUUUUAAGUUAUUUUUUUAAAAAUUAGUGCAUUCCCUGUGAGGAAACUUUUGAUAACCGUCGUGAUUGGAAAAAUCAUCAACUUAAAAGAUCACAUCUUUUAAAAUCCAUCGAAAAUUGUGAAGAUUUUAAAAAUUUAGGGUAUUAUAUUUUAAAUGGAAAAACGGCAUUUAAAAAUCGAAUAUCAACUUUAAUUUUCGUGAAUAGGGACCCAGAGUUUACAAUCAUUGAAUUUUUGAAUAAAAUUAAAACCCCUUUCGCAGAAUAUUUAACACUUGCCUUGUUUAAAGUAAUGUCAGUUAAAGUAAAUUGCAAUUUAUUUGCAUAUUAUAAAAAAAUUACAGGAGAGGAACAAAUUUUUAAUCUGAAUACAAGCAGUGUUACUUUUUACAAAAAUGAAGAUAUUUUCAAAAAAAUUGAGGUUGAAAUAUUUCCUCAAAUAGAUAUUCAAAAUGACGAAUUGAAUCGAGGAGGGUCAGGGUGGGCUUAUAAUUCCGCUUCUGAAAUGGAAGUGCGAAUUUGUAAAAAUGAUAUCAUGAAAAAGGGAGGGUCAUUCAUUCAGACACCAACUUCUUUGAUACAUAAAAGGGCUUUAAUUAAUGUCCAAAAUAAUGAUGACCAUAAAUGCUUCUACUACUGUAUUUUUUCUCGGUUUGUUAAAUCUCAUUCUUAUAAUGUCAAAUCAUACAAAUAUAUUGAACAAAAAAUGAAAAAAGAAAAUAUAGAAUUUAAUUUUACAAAUAUAAACUAUCCUGCAACUUUGUCUGAUUUAAAAAAGUUUGAAAAAGAUAAUUUGAAUGUUUCGAUUAAUGUAUAUAUUUAUGAAAGGAAAAAAGUCUCUCCAAUCAAGGUUUGUGAGAUGGAAAAAAAUUUACAUUAUGAUCUGUUAAUGUUAAAGCAAAAUGAUGAGAAUUUCCAUUAUGUUUGGAUAAAAAAUUUCAGUAGAUUAGUUUCUACUCAAUUGACAAGUUCACAACAUGCAGUAGAAGUAUGCAAACGAUGUUUAGUUCAUUAUACAGGAAAAAAUCGAUUACAAAAAUUAAUUGAUCAUAAAAAAUUUUGUACUGAUAAAAGUGUUAAAACUCCCUCUAAAACAGAAUUACCAACCGGAAAGAAUGAAGAUGACAUUUUAAAAUUUCGAAAUCUUCAGUAUGAGACCCCCAUUACCUAUCUUGUUUUUGCUGAUUUUGAGACUAUGUUAGUAACUGUUGAGUCUGAUGACAAAAUUGAUGAGGAUAGAAGAACUAGGAAAGUACAAAGGCAUGACCCCAUCGCUUUUUGUUACUAUUUAAUAAAUUCCAAAGUUUUUGAAACUCAGUUAUCUGGGAAAAUAAAAAAACCUAAAGAUCCAGUUUGUUAUGCAGGUAAAAAUGCUGCUACUAUUUUUUUUGAAAUGAUUAAAGAAGUUGGAUAUGAAUGUGAGAGAAAAUACAAAAAAUAUGAACAUUUGAAUCGAUUUGAAUUUGAGACCCAAGCACAAAUUGAACAAUUUGAAAAAGAUCCAAAAUGCUGUCUUUGCCUUCAUAAAUUUAAAAUUGAUGAAAAAUCUGUCAUUCAUCACUGUCAUGUAACAAAUAAAGUUAUAGGAAGAGCCCAUUCAAAAUGUAACCUAUAUGCAAAAGUCCCUAAUUUUUUACCAGUGUUUGUUCAUAAUUUA